AUGUCAUCAAAGGUUGUUCGGCGGAAGCAAAAGCGUGCACAGUCACAGAAACCCAGAGCUUCUCGAUGGUGUCCUUUGCUUGGCUUAAGUUGGCCUGGUAAAUAUGUAUUUACCAGCUUACUAGCCCUAAUAAUAGGAAGACACGUUCAAACCAGAGGCUGGGGAACGUCUUUGGACUUUCUUCGACCCAUCGACAAAGACAGCUAUUGGUCUAGUCACCGGGAGAAGGUCAAAGACUCUUUCGUGAUUAGUUGGGAUGCUUACGCUAAGUAUGCCUGGGGGCAGGAUCGCUUUCAUCCCAUCUCCAAAACUGGUUCACAAAUGAGCCCCAGCGGUCUAGGGUGGAUCAUCGUCGACAGCCUAGAUACAUUGAUGAUUAUGAACCUGACCGCGCAGCUUUCCGACGCCCGGAAGUGGCUUAACCGUGACUUGACUUAUAAUCAAGAUCAGGAUGUGAACACUUUUGAGAUGACCAUCCGCAUGCUUGGAGGGCUCCUGUCUGCUCAUUACUUGUCUAAUUUGCUUCCGGACAUUUCCUCCCGCCGGGACUAUAUAUAUCUGUCCAGAGCUGUCGAUCUAGCGGAUCGGCUGCUUGGUGCAUAUGACUCCCCAUCAGGGAUCCCAUAUGCCAGCGUUAAUAUUGGGACCGGAAAAGGCCUUCCCUCUCAUGCAGAUGGUGGCGCUUCAUCUACGGCUGAAGUCACCACACUCCAACUGGAGAUGAAGUAUCUAGCCCACCUCACCGAUAAAGAGGUUUACUGGCGUAAGGCCGAAAACGUCAUGAAGGUUAUAGAUGAUCAUCGCAUGCAGGAUGGCCUUCACCCAAUCUUUGUGCACCCAGAUACUGGACACUUCAGGUACAAAGAAAUUCGUCUUGGAAGUCGCGGGGAUUCAUACUAUGAAUACUUAAUCAAACAAUACUUACAGACUUCCGGACAGGAACCAGUUUACCGUGAGAUGUGGGACGAAGCAUUGGCCGGGAUACAAAAGCAUUUAGUGACCUGUACAAAGCAUUCAAAGCUUCAGUUUAUUGCUGAGCUGCCACAUGGUAUAGGUGGACCAUUAUCCCCUAAAAUGGAUCAUCUUGUUUGCUUCUUACCGGGCUCCAUCGUGAUCGGCGCGACUGAAGGACUGACUGAGAAGGAGGCGCGAAAUCUGCCCGGCUGGAACUCUCAGAAAGAGCAACAGAUGCAACUGGCACGGGAGCUUAUGAAAACAUGCUGGGCGAUGUAUGCAGUCACGGCCUCUGGUCUAGCUCCGGAGAUUACCUGGUUUGAGGUCGACGAGGCCGAUAUGGGGCCAUCAUCUCGUUCACCUCCCAUGGCUAGAAGUAACAACGACAAGUCCUCCUGGGAGCAAGACUUGAAUAUCAAACCUCUGGAUGCACAUAAUCUGCAGCGACCAGAAACGGUUGAAAGUCUUUUCUUGAUGUAUCGUGUGACCAACGAUCCCAUCUACCGAAAGUGGGGAUGGGAGAUCUUCAAGGCGUUCAAGGAACACAUGGUAGUGAAAGAUGGCGAAGGAUACACAUCAUUGCAGGAUGUCACCAAGGUCCCCACACCACAACGUGAUAAUAUGGAAAGCUUUUGGCUGACCGAGACCUUGAAGUAUUUAUACCUUCUUUUCUCUCCAAGGGAAUUUCUCCCGCUCACUGAAGUGGUUUUCAACACCGAAGCCCACGUGUUACCCCGGUUUAAUCAGACCAAAUUCCAGACAGGCUGGAGCCGCCGGGAACUUUGA